AUGACAGACCGCAGAAGUCACGGGCCUACGGAGAGAUGUUCUUCACAUAUUGAAAGUGGCUCGGUGGGUUUCGGUGUAGACGCGCGUGCGGAGGGCGCGUGCGGAGGGCGCGCGGAGCUGUCAUACAGUGUAGUGCCAGUGCCAGACAUGGCGGCGGAGCUACAGCACGACUGGAUAUCGUGCCUACCGUCUACAUGGAGUUACGGGGUCACUCGGGACGGACGGCUCUUCUUUGUCAACGAAGAAGCCAAGAGUACAACCUGGCUGCAUCCAGUGAGCGGAGAGGCGCUGAUCACCGGCCACAGGAAAACUCCAGAUCUACCCACAGGAUGGGAAGAGGGAUACACAUUCGAAGGGGCACGAUGCUUCAUCAAGUGA